AAAAGGAGGAAACGGAGGAGGAGGAGAGAGUGAGGAAGGUGGCCGUCAACAAAGUCGACCUCAAGUCGGUCUUCGCGACCUUCGACCACGACUGCGACGGCUUCGUCACGUCGACGGAGCUCGAAGAGUCGUUCAGGAGGCUGGGCCUCUUCGCUUCAAGCAGAGAAGUUAUGCACAUGGUGUCGAAGGUGGACGCGAACCGCGACGGUCUCAUCGACUUGGAGGAGUUCCGCGAGAUCUACGAGUCGGUGGUGGCGGCCGAGGGCGACGCGAAAUCGAGCAGCGGUGAGAAAGGAGGGGGGGAGGAGGAGGAGGAGGGAGAGAUGGAUUUGAAGGAGGCUUUUGAUGUGUUUGAUGGGAAUGGGGAUGGGGUGAUAAGCGCAGAGGAGUUAGGGUUGGUGUUGAGCUCACUUGGGUUAAGGCAAGGGGGGAGGGUGGAGGAUUGCCAUGACAUGAUAAGGAAGGUGGAUGAGGAUGGGGAUGGGAUGGUGAACUUUGAGGAAUUCAAGAAGAUGAUGGUGGUGAAGGGCAAUGAUAUGUAGAAGUGUGUUCUAAACCAAAUAAUUCUACGAGGUAGAUAUCGACAGAUAAAUUUAUUGAAUUUGAUCACUAUUUAAUUACUGACCGAGUUUCAUCGGAUUCAAUAAAUUUGAUCUGCUCCUCCUGACGAAAGUAGAAGAGAAGGUACUGACAUAUAUGAAAAUGCUUGACUACACUAAUAUUAAGAACUUUUCUCUUUAUUGUUGGUUUGCUGUAUAUGACCUGAUCUCUGAGCAUGUAAAAUACUUUUUCCUCUAUUGCUAAGAUUUCCUAGGGUUUCUUCUGCUUGAGAUCCACAAUUAUCAUGUAUAAGUUUUGUAUGAUGCAAUUGUGAACUAAUGUGAGGGUCUUUUUUUUUUUUUUAAGCUUCUAUAUGCUGUUUUUA